UUAUCUGCGCACUUGAACUCGCGGUUGAGUUCCGCGUGGCUGUGUCGUUUUCGCGGCCGCUUCUGUAACCUCCAGCCGCGGCGCUCUGCUCGACCCAGAGGAACCUGGGAGGGUUCCAGGCUUUGCACCUUGCGUAGGGUUUCUGCAGUACCCGGAGAGCGGGAACCUGAGAAGUCCGCCGUGUUUUCAGAGGCUGCCUUAUCCUGCAGGCCUUAUCAAAACCUCCUUUCCUGACCCAGGGCCUGGUGAGCAGGAGGACAGGUGCCCGGUGACCUCAGAGAGGCCGGGGCCUACUUGAGCCUGCUGGGGCCUCCACCCCGAGGAGGGCUGUCUGUCUGCAUGCGAUCAGUGGCCAGGGGCUCAGCCCCUCGGGUCCAGGUCCCUGCCCUGCCCCACCUUUUGUCAGAAAAUUUCUUUACCUGCUGGCCCUUCCUGAAAUGUUUCCUGGCCUUGGGGCUUUAAAACCAGAGCUUCUGAAUUCACCUGCAUGAGCCAGGGAAAGGUAUUCAGCGAUCAAGCUCAGCUCCCUGACCCGGCACCUGCUUCCUGGGAACCUAACCCAUGUGGCAUUGUGACCAGAGUCAGGCCUUGGACACUCCCCCUCCCCAGGACCCCAGAGUCCUGAAUCCACACAGGCCAGUUAGCCUUGGCUAGACAGUCUUAAGAGUAACUUGCCAGCACUUCAAAUGAUUCCAGGAUUAGCCUGAGAGGUAGGGCGCUGGUUCUCAACUAGGAUGACCAAACCGUUCUAGUUUGUCUGGCACUGAGGGGUUUCUUGGGACACGGGACUUCCAGUUUUAAAACUGAGAAGGUCCUGGGCAAAGUGGGGCAAGUUGGUUACUGUAUUCUUAACCCUGGCUGCCCAAUAGCUUCACCCACGGAGCCUCUCAUACAGAGGUUCUAAUCUUAUUGAUCCAGGGAGGGUCCCAGGGAGCAGUAUUUUUUUACAAGCUCCCAAGUUGAUUUCAACAAACUACCGGAGUGAGGAACCACUAGGUUAUAGGCAACAAUGCUGUAUAAGCGUGGAAGGUGGUUACUUUUUGAGCCUUAGUGGACCCCGGUAUCUCUCAAAAGGUGUAUAACCAACUGUGGUGGUCCUCUCCUUAUCAAGAGGCCUAUCAAAAUGGCGGCUGCCUUAUUGCUCUGAUCUUUUCCCAGUUCCCUUAUUCCUUGACAGUGAGGACCAAACGUUUUCCUUUCCUGGCAUGACUUGGUACCCCCUCUCCUAAGGCCACCAGGAUCAUGUGGUAUGUCAGCACUCGGGGAAUGGCCCCACGGGUCGACUUUGAGGGGGCCCUCUUCUCUGGCUAUGCUCCCGACGGAGGUCUCUUCAUGCCCGAGGAGCUCCCACAGCUGGACAUAGAGACCCUGCGUCAGUGGAGUGCGCUUUCCUACCCCAGCCUGGUGAAGGAGCUGUGCACUCUCUUCAUUGGUCCUGAGCUCAUUCCAAGAGAUGUCUUAAACGAUCUGAUCGACCAAGCCUUCCGCAGAUUCCGCCGCAGAGAGGUGGUCCAUCUGUCCAGGCUGAGGGACGGGUUGAACGUGCUGGAGCUGUGGCAUGGGGCCACGUACGCGUUUAAGGACCUGUCCCUGUGCUGCACAGCACGGUUCCUGCAGUACUUCCUGGAGAAGGAGGAGAAGCACGUCACCGUGGUUGUAGGAACGUCUGGGGACACUGGGAGUGCUGCCAUUGAGAGUGUUCAAGGGGCAAAGAACAUAGACAUCAUCGUUCUGCUGCCCCAGGGUCACUGCACGAAGAUUCAAGAGCUCCAGAUGACCACGGUGCUGAGCGAGAACGUCCACGUGUUUGGAGUGGAGGGCAACAGCGAUGAGCUUGAUGAGCCCAUCAAGGCCGUGUUUGCUGACGUGGCUUUUGUCAAGAAGCACAAUCUGAUGAGUCUGAAUUCAAUCAACUGGUCCCGGGUCCUCGUGCAAAUGGCCCACCACUUCUUCGCUUAUUUCCACUGUGCGUCAUCCUUAGACACGCACCCCCUGCCCCCCGUGGAGGUGGUUGUGCCAACAGGGGCUGCCGGUAACCUUGCAGCGGGGUGCAUUGCCCAGAAGAUGGGCCUGCCCAUCCGCCUGGUCGUGGCGGUGAACCGCAAUGACAUCAUCCACAGGACUGUGCAGCGGGGAGACUUCUCUCUGUCCGAGGCCGUCGAACCAACCUUGGCAUCAGCUAUGGACAUUCAGGUGCCCUACAACAUGGAAAGGAUCUUCUGGCUGCUGUCGGGCUCUGACAGCCAGGGGACGAGAGCCCUCAUGGAGCAGUUUGAAAGGACCCAGAGCACGAGUCUACCCAAGGAACUGCACAGCAAGCUUCUAGGGGCAGUGACGUCUGAGUCGGUGUCGGAUGAGGCCAUCACCCGGACCAUGGGGCGCUGUUGGGAAGAGAACCGGUACCUGCUGUGCCCUCACUCGGCCGUGGCCGUGAGUUACCAUUACCGGCAGACAGACAGGCAGCAGCCCAGCCUUCCCCGGUGCUGUCUGGCCCCCGCCUCUGCAGCCAAGUUCCCAGAAGCUGUCCUGGCUGCUGGGCUGACCCCAGAGACCCCUGCGGAGAUCCUAGCCCUGGAGUUCAAGGAGACACGCUGCACCCCGAUGCGGAAGGGGGACGACUGGACACUGAUGCUUCGGAACACCAUUGAGGGCCUGAGCUGGCCACAGAGGGGUCAUUCUUGAAUGUUCCGGAAUAGCCACGCUGGAUCUGACUUGAGUCAAGUUGCCCUGUAGCUCUUGUACCAGGGUCCCCUGUUCUAUUAACCCAGGGCCGGUAUCACAGCACCACUAAGUCCAAAUGCCUGCCUUUCCGUAGGUGUCUCCAUAACCACACUGCCUCAGAGAAGUCACACUGUCCUUUCCUCUGAGAUUGACUCACCCUCUCCCCUCUCCGUGCCUUCCAUCCUGCCUUUGCCUCUGGGAGUCUGUCCUUUUUUGAUGAGUCUUGGUUCCUGCAAAUAGUUUAUUGCCAAGUUGUCCGCAUCAGCCCAGAUGGAAAUAAUGGCUCCUGAUUCCGGCAGAACAUCGACGGUAGCUUUCCUAAGGCGUGUAUUCCCUCUACCCUGUUUUAUGGUUCUCCACAUUAGACAUUACCUCCCCAUCUCGAAGCCUCUUGAAGACAAGAACCACUGUUUAACUCAAUGGGCUGAAACCUUUUGGGUUUGCCCCUGUUGAUCAAAACAUUUUUAAAAUUUGUUCUCCCAACAUAUGUAUACUAAAUUAUAUAUGAACUACACAAACCAUAUGCUAAAAUAGGGAGGAAGGACUAAGAAUAGAAACCUACACUGAUCUUUUCUCCCCGUACUCCAGUGCCUUGUCUUGUGGACGCAUCUUCGGCAGUGCUGAGCUUAGUGCCUGGUGCGUGCCGUAACCAGCGGGAACCGGGGUGCGCAUGCCUGUGAUUGCCCAACUGCCCGAUAACCGUGUGAUGGCUCUCGAAGCGUGGCCUGGGUCUCCUCAAAAUGCACACUUCCGGCCAUCUUCACAGGGGAAUCUCUGGGUAUGGGGUGGACAUCAACUGCAGUUCUUACAAAUUCCCUGAGUGAGUCUUCUGUGCGCUCUAAUUUGGGAAACCCUGGGGCUAGGUGUUUAAGUUCAUAAGUAACUUCUUAUUUGUUAAUUAUGAGGUGUACUUUAUUUUCACAAGGGCGUGCUUUAUUGCUGCCACUGUUGCCAUGAUGUCGCCGUGCACUGUCGAAUUCAGUAGCUACUAGCCACAUGGGACUCUGAGCUCUUGAAAUGUGAACAGUACAACUAAAGAACUGAAUUUUUAAUUUUUAAAAAUUUUAGUAAUUAACAUUUAAAUUUCAAAACUAUUAUUUGAUUCAGUCAUUAAAAAAACUUUUAAGUAUGGUUAGGAAGAUGCAGGUAUGUGAAUCUGUAAAUUUUAUGAAGUCUAAAUACAGAUAAGUAUUUCCAAUGAAAAUUGAGUGUUCCAAUUGAAAUACACCGUAAGUGUAAAAUAUAUAUUGGAUUUCAAAGACUUCAAAUGAAAGAAAUCUGAAAUAUCUCAGUAAUAAUUGUAUAUCGAUCACUUGUUGGAAAGACAAUAUUUGGAUGUAUUGGGUUAAAUAAAAUAUAUCAUUGAAAUUGG